AUGGAGAUCUUAUCAGAAAAUUUCUGUGUUCCAGUACAAGGCUUUGACUAUGCCAAGCAACACUUAGGUCAGCAGGGAGCUGAAGAUGAGGUUUUACCUGUAACUCAGGAGACUGUCGUACUUCCACUUCCAGUUAGAGAUGCUCCUACCACCCAGGAGAGAGAAAUUACGCAGGAUGGGAGCACCAUCAAAACUGCCAAAUCCAAUGAAACAAGGAAAAGCCCGUCCCCGAGUCAGAACGGCUCCAUCAUCAGCAACGGGUCGGGAAAGCCCAGCUCCGGCCGGAGCUCCCUCCAGAAAGUAAUGGCACCGCAAAAAGUGACAAAAGACGAAGGAAGGAAAAGAAAUGGUUUUAAGUCUGCAAAGAAAAUUGUGCCUGUAAGCGAUGAAGAGGAAGGAGGCAUUCUCUUUGACAAUAUUGCCAAAUCUGCCAUUGACCCCUUCGACACCUCUUCUGGAUCAGUACAGCUGAUAGCUAUCAAACCCAUGGCACUGCCUGCUGUUCAUGCUGCAUCAGAUAGAAGCCAGGAAUCUGCCAUCAUUAAUGGAGAGGUGAACAAGGCUUUGAAGCAGAAGUCCGAUAUAGAACAUUACCGCAACAAGCUGCGCUUGAAAGCCAAAAGGAAGGGGUACUAUGAUUUCCCACAGGUUGAUAACAACAAGGGGCUGACAGAGAGAAAAAGGAUGUAUGAAAAGAACCAGAAAGAACUUGACCACAUUUUGCAUCCAGAUGCAGAUGUCUCGUCUCCGUUUGCUGAGCCUAAGAGCAGGCAACCAAUGAAGAGCUCAGUAUACAGAAGCAGACAGUCUUUGAACAGUCCUAGCCCAGGAGAAACUGAGAUGGAUCUCCUAGUGACUCGAGAAAGACCUAGACGUGGAAUCCGUAACAGUGGAUAUGAUACUGAGCCUGAAAUUAUAGAAGAAACAAAUGUUGACCGUGUCAACGAGCCUCGGAGUUACGUCAGGUCCCGUCAGGCCAAAGGCCACUCAGAGACCUCAACUUUAAGUUCUCAGCCCUCCAUUGAUGAGGUUCGACAGCAGAUGCAUAUGCUCUUGGAAGAGGCUUUCAGCCUGGCCUCUGCAGGCCACGGAGGACAGAGCAGGCAGGAGGCGUACAGCUCAGCACCGCACUUGCCCUACUCAGAGGUUGUGACCAGUGCUCCUGGUACCAUGACCCGACCUAGAGGGGGGGUACAGUGGGUACCCACAUACAGACCAGAAAUGUAUCAGUACAGUUUACCAAGACCAGCUUACAGAUUCUCUCAGCUUCCUGAGAUGGUGAUGGGUUCUCCUCCUCCUCCUGUCCCUCCCAGAACAGGUCCUGUGGCUGUUGCCUCUCUCAGGAGGUCUACAUCAGAUAUUGGCAGCAAAGUGAGAAUACCUGAGUCCAGUGGGGCAGAUCAGGCUCAGCAUCAUGAUCAGGCAUCUUUCGCACCUGGUUCAAGAGCUCCAAUGUCUGUUGGUCCACUUGAUCAAUCAGCUUUUCACUCAGGAAAUACUGUACCAGCAGUGUUUGCCAUACCAGCAGCAAACCGACCUGGCUUCACAGGCUAUUUUAUCCCAACACCACCCACCGCAUACAGGAACCAAGCCUGGAUGCCCUAUGGUGGAGAGAAUGAAUUAUCAGGGCAGUGGGCAGACUCAGUUCCUCUUCCUGGAUACAUCGAGGCUUAUCCAAGGCCCCGCUACCAGCAUAAUUCUCCUUCACGACUUCCUCGCCAAUACAGCCAGCAAGCGAGCAUGCAUCCCAGCCUGGAACAAGCUCCUUUGCCGUCCACUGCAGCUUCUCAGCAGAGCCUGACCGAAAAUGACCCACCUGAGGCUCCUCUCACCAACAUUUCUACAGCUGCCCUUGUAAAGGCAAUAAGAGAAGAAGUUGCUAAACUGGCCAAGAAGCAAACAGAUAUGUUUGAGUUCCAGGUCUAA